AGGAAAGAGAGAGAGAAAGAGAGAGAGAGAGAGAGGAGGAUAAGCUCUUGGCUCUCUUUGACACUUCUGCAGUUUAUUCCUCCACCAACAAACAGCAAGAGCCAGUGUGGAAGGGUUUGAGAAUGAGGUGCUACCUGGUGCUGUUACUGCUGUGUGUGUUGGAGGCAUCAGAGCAAAGAGGUCUUUUCCCAGCUAUCCUGAACCUCGCCAGCAAUGCCAUGAUCUCCACCAACGCGACCUGUGGUGAGAAUGGCCCCGAGAUGUUCUGCAAGCUCGUGGAGCACGUCCCCGGGAGACCCAUACGCAACCCACAGUGUCGCAUCUGUGACCUGAACAGCACAAACCCAAGAGAACGACAUUCAAUAAUGUAUGCCAUCGAUGGAACCAACAACUGGUGGCAGAGCCCAAGUAUCCAGAAUGGCCGGCAGUAUCACUUGGUGACUAUCACUCUGGAUCUGCGACAGGUUUUCCAAGUGGCCUACAUCAUCAUUAAAGCGGCCAAUUCUCCUCGCCCUGGGAACUGGAUCCUGGAACACUCCUCGGACGGUGUUGAGUUCAAACCCUGGCAGUACUAUGCUACGAGCGAUGCUGAGUGCCUGACUCGCUACAACAUUGUGCCCAGGAUUGGGCCGCCCACCUACAAGAGGGAUGAUGAAGUCAUCUGCACAUCCUACUACUCCAGGCUGAUGCCCCUGGAACAUGGAGAGAUUCAUACCUCGCUGAUCAAUGGCAGACCCAGCGCUGACGAUCCAUCUCAGACUUUGUUGGAUUUCACCUCUGCUCGUUACAUUCGUCUCCAGCUUCAGCGCAUCAGAACACUCAACGCUGACCUCAUGACCCUGAGCUACCGGGACCCGAAGGAAGUCGAUCCCAUUGUUACUCGCAGGUAUUACUACUCCCUGAAGGAUAUUUCGGUCGGAGGCAUGUGUAUCUGCUAUGGUCACGCACGCAGCUGUCCAUGGGAUGAGACACGAAUGCAACUAAAGUGCCAGUGUGAGCACAACACCUGUGGAGAGAGCUGCAAUGAGUGUUGCCCUGGCUACCAUCAGCACCCCUGGAAAUCUGGCAACUUUACCUCCGAAAAUGUCUGCGAGAAGUGCAACUGCCAUGGUAAAGCAGAGGACUGUUACUAUGACCAGAAUGUGGCUGAUCGCAACAUGAGCAUGAACACUCUGGGCCAGUACAUUGGUGGUGGAGUGUGCAUCAAUUGCACCAACAACACAGCAGGAAUCAACUGUGAGACCUGCAUCGACGGCUACUACCGUCCCCAGGAGGUGUCCCCGCACGAACGAGCUCCGUGCUUGCCAUGCAGCUGUGAUCUGUCAGGGUCAAGAAAUAGGAUUUGCGUGAAAGAUGACAUUCAAGCAGCCUCUGAGCACCCCUCUCUGGCCCCCGGUCAGUGUCACUGUCAGGAAGGCUACGCUGGGAGGAGAUGUGAUCGUUGUGCAUUUGGUUUCCGGGGUUUUCCCCACUGUGUGCGCUGUAACUGCAGCCUGAUAGGCAGCAUCAAUGAGGAUCCCUGCUCUGAGCCCUGUCAAUGCAAGACCAACGUGGAGGGAGAGGACUGUGACCAGUGUAAGGAAGGAUUCUACAAUCUGCAGGAGAGAAAUCCUGAAGGCUGCACAGAGUGCUUCUGCUUUGGAGUCUCCAGUCUUUGCAAGAGUAUUCCCUGGCCUAUUACACAGGUUACAGACAUUAAGAACUGGCGAGUGACUGAUAUCCAGGGUGUAAAGAGUGUGAAGCCUCAACAGGAUUUGUUUGAUGGCCUCAACCAAAUCAGCAUCAACAACACAGAAGCCAGGCAAGGCCUCCCCGCCUUGUAUUACUGGACAGCCCCCGAUUCAUACCUGAGAAAUAAGCUGACUGCCUACGGAGGGCAUCUGAAGUUCACGGUACUAUACGAAUUUCCAAUGGAAAGCUUAGAUAGCGAGAUGACUUCUGACAUUGAUGUUAUCAUUGAGGGAAACGGACGGACCCUGAGCACAGGCUCCGACGGCCUCCUGCUCCAGCCAUAUGAGGAACAGAGCGUCGCUGUCAGGCUGCUGCCUGAGAACUUUGUGGACCUGGUUACAGACAAUCCCAUAGACCGUGACAGGCUGAUGACCGUCCUGGCGAAUGUGACACGUCUGCAAAUCCGGGCCAGUUACAAUGUGGCCAGAAAAGCCAUCUACAGGCUGAGCUCGGUCACCUUGGACGUAGCAAACCCCAAUGCCAUCGAUGUUCUUCCCGCUGUGGAUGUUGAACACUGCGAGUGUCCGCCAGGUUACACUGGGAUCUCCUGUGAGUCUUGUGGCCCGGGAUUUUAUCGUGUGGGGGGGAUACUGUUUGGAGGCAUUUGCCAACAGUGCGAGUGCAACGGCCACGCCACACACUGCGACACGGACGGUGCCUGCUCAGACUGUCAGCACAACACAACCGGGCCCAACUGCGAUCGUUGCCUGCCCGGUUUAUAUGGUGAUCCCACCCAAGGGACCCCCGAGGACUGCAAGCCCUGCGCCUGCCCUCUGCUCAUCUCCUCCAACAAUUUCAGUCCCACCUGCCACCUAAACAAAGGCGGAGAAGUCAUCUGUGACCAGUGCCGACAGGGGUAUGCGGGGCCCAGAUGUGACAGGUGUGCCGACGGUUACUAUGGAAACCCAGGCAUCCCGGGAGGCUGGUGCAGCCCAUGCUUCUGCAACGGUAACGUGGACCCUGCUGAGCCUGGGCACUGCCACCCCGUAACAGGAGAUUGUCUGAAGUGCCUCGGACACACUGAUGGCAGGCUGUGUGAGCGGUGCGCAGAGGGAUAUUACGGCGAUGCUCUCGUCGCUAAAGAUUGCCGUGCGUGUGGCUGUAACGUGAACGGAUCGUAUCACAUGGCAUGUGACCGUCAGACCGGCCGCUGUGAAUGUAAACCAAACGUGGUGGGAGUGCAGUGUGACCGGUGCUUGCAUGGGUAUUUUGGCUUGGGCACUGGACUGGGCUGCGUCCCUUGCAACUGCAGCCGAUUGGGCUCUAUCUCUGAGGACUGUAGCGAAGACGGGCAGUGCCGCUGUGUGCUUGGGGUGACAGCAGAGAAGUGUGACCGCUGUGCACACGGCUAUUAUGGAUUCCAGAAUGGCGGCUGCAAACCCUGUGACUGCGUCCACACUCAGAACAACUGUGCAGCCGAAUCCGGCCAGUGCAUCUGUCCACCACACACCCAGGGAGCUAAGUGUGAACUUUGUGCUGCUAACUCCUGGGGUCAUGAUCCUGAAAGCGGAUGUAAGCCCUGUAACUGCAGCGAGGUCGGUUCUGACAGUCUUCAGUGCAAUGGAACGAGCGGCCAGUGUCCGUGCAGACCAGAGUUCGGAGGUGGCGCGUGCAGGGAGUGCGCGGUGGGCUACAGGGACUACCCGGAGUGCAUUGCCUGCAUGUGCAACAUUAACGGCACCCAACCAGGAAGCUGUGACCCAGCACGAGGCGAAUGCAGCUGUGCACAACACACUGGGCUUUGCCCCUGCAAGGAGAGUGUGUCAGGCGUGCGCUGCGACGAAUGCAAGACCGGAUCCUUCGCUCUCAGUCUUAGCAACCCGGCCGGCUGCAGCCGCUGCUUCUGCUCUGGAGUGUCAGAUUCCUGCUCAGAACUCCAGGGACUGGUCCGGAUUCCCCUAUCCCUCACUCCAGACCAGCUGAGCCUGCGUGUUGUCAGCCAGGGUAAUCUGAUUGGGACCAUCGAGGGCGUCUAUGUCCAACCCCCGGAGGUCCUUCUCGAUGCCGUUCUGGUUCAGAAACACCUGAAAACAGAACCAUAUUACUGGAUGCUUCCUGCCCUCUUCACGAGGGAUAAGCUUUUGGCUUAUGGAGGGACACUGAGAUAUGCCAUGGCCUACUAUGCUCUCGAAGGUUCAGGGAGCUUAAACCUGGAGCCUCAAAUCCUCCUAAAAGGAGGCCAAAACAGCAAAAUAGUCAUUUAUAGGGACAUGGACACUCCUUCCAAUGGGCAGCAAAGCCAGCACGAGAUUGACUUGACUGAGCACGACUGGAAGUAUUUCAAUUCCGUCUCCGAUGCUCCCGUGACCCGUGCGGACUUCAUGUCUGUGCUCAGUAACAUCGAGUACAUCCUGAUCAAGGCUUCCUACGGCCGCGGCCUCCAGCAGAGCAGGAUUUCCAAUAUUACAAUGGAGAUCGCCAUGGAGGAAGAUGAUACCCACGCAGGUAGAGAGCGUGCGCAUCAGAUCGAGAUCUGUGACUGUCCCCCUGGCUAUGCCGGCCUCUCCUGUCAGGUGUGUGCUCCAGGCUUUUACAGAGAGAUGACAGAACUCGAGGCUAAUGUGCCACGUUCUCUCAACCAACCGUGCAUGUCUUGUCAGUGCAACAACCACAGUAAUGUCUGUGACCUCGAUACAGGCAAAUGUCAGGGCUGCCGAGACCACACAGCGGGCGAUCACUGUGAGCAAUGUGCUCAGGGAUACUAUGGCCGAGUUAAUGGAUCCAUCAAUGACUGCUCGCUCUGCGCCUGCCCCAGACACAAUAGUGGAAGCUUUAGCCUGACGUGCGUGCCGGAAGGUUUGAGUGAUUUCCGCUGUGAUUCCUGUCUGCCUGGAUAUGAAGGACAGUACUGCCAGAGGUGCGCCCCUGGUUACUAUGGUGACCCCAGGGUCCCGGGUGGCAGGUGCCAGCUGUGUGAAUGUAACCGCAGCGGCUCCCUUCACAAUAAUUGUGAUUCGCUGCUAGGCCACUGUCUGUGCAAGUCGGGCGUGAUGGGACGUCUGUGCGACGAGUGUGAGCCCAGACACGUGCUGGUUGACAGCGACUGUAUCUCUUGUGAUGAUGAUUGCACAGGGCUCCUCCUGUCAGACCUGGAAAAGAUGGAAACCAUGUUCAUGUCCUUCAACAUGACUGGGUUUGUUCCAGCUCCCUUUGGCCUCUUGUCAUCUGUAGAAGACAAUGCAAUUGAAUACAAGACUGCUUUGUCGCGAGAACAGGACCCAGGUAACCUCAUCAAAAAGAUGGAAGAACAGGUGGCUGAUGUUGCCUCAGAGAUCAGUCGUGUGCAGCAAAAGUUGGCUCAGGUUUUGGGUGACUGGCAGGACAUGGACAGAGCGACAGCGAAAACGCAAGCCCAAAGCCAAGAACUUGAAGCUUUUGCAAAUAACACUUUGAAGAGUCUAAAAGGUCUUGUUGAAGCAGCGAAUCACCUGAACGAGACGCUGGGUAGUGAUGUGGCUCUGUCCGACAGCAGUCUGCGGAGGCUUCAGAGCGAGAUCGACAACAUGAUGGACAUUCUGCGGCAGAGGACGUUUGACCAAUCUAAAGCAACAUCAGCAAAUGAGCUCAGAGCGGCAGAACAGCUCCUGGUGCGGGUGCAGACAGAGUUCCAGAAGCCUCGACGGGAACUGGAUGAACUGAAAGCCCAGAUUGAUGAGAUCUUAGCCCAGCGCAGCACAGAGCUGCACGAGGCCCAGGACCUGGUGAACCAGGCGCUCGCAACAGCCAACGAGACCGGCCGGCUCCUCCGCAGCAUCUCCAGCAGCCUGGCGGAGCUGAAGGAUAAGAGUCAGAACAUUGAAGAAGACAGGGCACUGGCUCUAACUCUGGUCCAGGAUGGAAGGGAAAUAGUGGACAGUGCAGCAAAUCUGGCAGAAGAUGUAGUGAACAAGACCAACAUUCUGGAGCAGCACAAGGACAGGCUGUACAUGUGGAACACUAAGCUGAGGAUGCAUGUGGACAAGCUUGUAAUGGAGAUGAAUAAGAAAGGGGUGCUCGAUCUUGUCUACAGGGCAGAGGACCACGCUGGUCACCUCAACAAUGUGGCCAGUCUGCUGAACAGUGUUCUUUCAGACGUAAGGAACGUGUCGGUGAACACUACGGUAGCAGCAGGGAGCGAGGAACCAAGUGUGGGAGAGCUGCUUGAAGAAGCUGAAGCUGUUAUAUUGGAAGCUCAGAGCAACGCAGACGCUGCACUGACAUUGGCCUCUGGCUCACAAAACUCCCUUGAGAAGGCCGGGAAAGAGUCAGCUGAGCGCAGCACCAAACUUCUGAAUGAUGCAAACAAAUUAAGACAAAAAACUGCUGGUCUUGUAAAUCAGCUGAAUGGGCUGAAGGAGAAGAUUGAUGAAAUUCGGAAGGGCGCCCGCAACAUAAGCAGACAGCUGAACGAGCCCCUGCACACAAUGGCUAACUUACCGAACGACACCACAGCGAGGGUGCAGCAAGCGAAGGAGAGCGUCGCUACAGCCAACCUUACAGCGGCCGUCACUCUGGACAAGAUCCAGGGGCUCAGCCUGCGGCUGCUGAACGCAUCGGGCACCUUGGCCCAGGUCAACGAGACCGUCAGGAAAACAAAUGAACUCAUCAACCAGUCGGCAGAGACAGCUGUAGCUGCUGGAAAGAGGGUCAAAGAGAUUGAAACUCAGGCCAACUACUUGCUGGACAGACUGAAGCCUCUGAAGUUGCUGGAGGACAACCUGAGCAGGAAUCUAUCGGAGAUCAAGGAGUUGAUCAACCAGGCACGCAAGCAGGCUGCCUCGAUUAAAGUGGCGGUGGCGGCAGACCGGGAUUGCGUGCGUGCCUACCAGCCAGCUUUGCACAGCAGCAACCACAACACUCUUACACUGAACGUCAAGACCUCAGAACCCGACAACCUGCUCUUUUACCUGGGCAGCAGCACCAGCACUGAGUUCCUGGCCGUGGAGAUGCGUCGUGGCAGAGUUGCCUUUCUCUGGGAUGUGGGCUCAGGCACCACGAGGCUGGAGUAUCCUGACCUUCAAAUUAACAACAACAAGUGGCACAGAAUCAACGCAGCCAGGUUUGGAAGAUUGGGCACUUUGUCGGUUCAGGAUGUCAGUGUUUCCAGCUUGGAAAAGCCAGGGUUAAAAAAGACCACAUCUCCUGGGAUCUCCACUGUACUGGACGUGAACGACUCCACAUUAGUAUUUGUUGGUGGACUUUCUGGGCAGGUCAAGAAGGCACCAGCUGUGAAAGUUACCCAUUUCAAAGGCUGCAUGGGAGAGACCUUCCUCAAUGGAAUGCCCAUUGGCUUGUGGAACUAUCGCGAGAAAGAAGGGAAGUGCGGGGGAUGCUUUUCAAGGCCACAGAAUGAAGAUCAUUCCUUUCACUACGACGGCAAUGGUUACUCGGUGGUAGAGAAGACCCUACGCACCACAGCCACUCAGAUCGUCAUGCACUUCAGCACAUUCUCACCAAAUGGCCUCCUGCUGUACCUGGUGUCAAGCGGCAUGAGAGAUUUCUUAGCAGUGGAGCUGGUCGAUGGGAAGGUUCGAGUGAGCUUUGACCUGGGAUCUGGAAUUCUGGCCCUUACCUCUGAGAGGCGAUACAACAACGGAACGUGGAUUAAAGUCGCUUUCCAACGUAACCGGAAGAUAGGUCUGUUAGCUGUCAUGGAUGCUUUUAAUUCAACUGACCAAGAAAUCAAGAAAGCCGAGUCACCAGGAGGGUCCUUGGAUCUCAACCGCGGGACCAAAGAUCCAAUUUAUAUUGGGGGACUUCCUCGCUCUGGGAAGUACAGGAAAGAAGUUCUCAGCAGAACAUUUAUUGGCUGCUUGAAGAAUGUGGAGAUCUCCCGCUCUACGUUUGACCUGCUUAGGAAUUCCUUGGGGGUGAAGAAAGGCUGUCGCCUUCAGCCUAUCCGAAGUGUGACCAUCUUAAAUGACGGUUAUAUUCAGCUGCGACCCAAAGCCUUGCCGGUGGUAGCGGAUCUUAUGGCAACCUUUGCCACGAAGAACAAGACUGGCAUCAUAUUGGCCGGUUUUGGCAAGUCUGGCAGAAGCCGGAGCCGUCGACAGACCAAGCUGCCUUUCUUCGCCAUCAUGUUGGUUGACGGGCACCUGGAAGUCCACAUCAACACCGGGGACAGCAUCCACACCAGAAGGCUGGUUGCCAAAGACCCAUCGGGAACUUUAAGUGACGGACAGGAGCAUUCGAUUAUCGUGAGCAGAAACAAGAGGAUAGUGACUUUGCAGGUUGAUGAAGGGAACCUCUCUGAAGUGAGACUUGGAUCCUCAACAGAUAACAGCCCGUUAAACAUCACCAAACUCUACGUUGGUGGAGUUCCAGCAGGCGAAGGUGUUGCAAACCUGAAAGUGGCCAAAUCAUUCAAGGGUUGCAUUAAGAAUUUGGUCCUAAACACUGAGUUGUUGGAUUUCACUGGUGCUCUGAAGUACAAGAACAUUGGUCUGGACAGCUGUGAGCUCUCAGAGAAGCCCAAAGCUGAACUGCAGCCAGAUGAGAGAGCAUUGGAUUCCUCACCUUCCUUUAUACCUACAGACAAAGCUCUGAAGGCAGUCCAAGGCAUUCCUUCCCCUGGCAAAAUUGCACAGUGUGCUGUAGAUGAACUGGCGAAGGUUGAUUCCAAUUCGUACCAAUUUGGACUCACACAAGGCAGUCACAUGAUAUUGUCUCUCGACGCGACCACAGUGAAGAGAAAGUUUACUCUCCAGCUGAAGAUCCGAACAUUUGCCUCCAGCGGCCUGGUGUAUUACAUGGCCAAUCAAAACCAAGUGGACUUCGCUGCUCUGCAGCUGUGGGAGGGACGGUUACGCUUCCUGUUCGAUCUGGGCAAAGGUGCCGCCAUAGCAAUGCUGCCCAAGCCCAUCAAUGAUGGGAAAUGGCACAUGGUAACAACAGAGUACUCAAAGAAGAGGGGAACGGUCAGCGUGGACGGGGAAGAAUCCAGCCCGUCUAUGGCAGAGGGAAACCUUUUGGACGUGGAAGGGAAACUCUACCUGGGAGGGCUGCCCCAGGACCUCAUCCCCAAAAAAAUCAAGAAUGUUACCCACAGUGUCCCCGCCUGCAUCAGCAGCGUGAGCUUGAAUAACAAGCCACUGGACACGGAACGACCGCUCUCUAUACUGACUGUCGGCCGCUGUUACACGGUUGUGCAGGAGGGCACUUUCUUCGAUGGCACUGGCUUUGCUGCGUUAGUCAAAGGAGGCUACAGGGUGAGAUCUGACAUGAUCGUUGAGUUUGAGUUCCGCACUACGCUCAGGAAUGCCGUGCUGUUUGGUAUCAGCAGCGCCAAAGUGGACGCUAUCGGACUGGAGAUGGUGAACAGCAAGAUCCUGUUCCACGUGAACAAUGGGGCUGGGAGAAUUACCGCCAGGUACGAGCCCAGAGAUACAAACGGUCUGUGUGAUGGCAAGUGGCACAAGCUUCAAGCCUCCAAGGGCAAACACCACAUCGAGCUGACUGUGGACGGCAUUACCGUUCAGGCCAAUAAUCCCCAUUUCCAGUCAACCUCUGCAGACACCAACGAUCCAGUUUAUGUGGGAGGAUACCCUGCUAACGUGAAGCAGAAUUGCCUAACCCUUCAGACACCAUUCCAAGGCUGCGUGAGAAACCUCAAGCUGACGAGAAAUCAGCAGACCGAAGCCUUUGACCUCAGCAGAGCGUUCGACCUCAGGGGAGUCUUCCCUCACUCCUGUCCUGGAGCUGAGCACUAAUCUCGAGGGGACAAACUCCCCACCUCCCCACCCCGCCCCUUCCCAUCACCCGGAGAUUGCUAACAAAGAAACUGGAGUCGACAAUUGCCCCCAUCCACAAUAUUAAUUGCAAACCCCCACCCCAACUCAGGAUCAAUGUGCGUUUCAAGCCAAUACCAUGUUCACAUACACUUCAGUAAACCUGUAAAGGGUUAUGUACUGUACACAACAGGUACCUCUGCUUCCAACAGCGAAACAAUAUCACAAUGACUCUUAUGGUUCUCCCCUUCCCCCAUUCCAUGUUUACAAUCAAUGUUUCAGUAUAUAUGUAUAUUUUUCCCCCCUCCCAACAAUAUUUACCGAAGUGUUAAAUCUUUUGUUCAUGACUUUUAACAUCUUUGCAAUUAAAAUGUAAACGUGA